GAUUCCUUCUCCUGCCCGAUGAAAUUUAGGUUGCAAUCAUCUGCAAAUGUCGAUGGAGCCACCGCCCUUUGAGGAAGCCUCGCGUUGUGAUGUCUGUAAGUGCAGCUUCUCCACCUUCCGCCGCCGGCAUCAUUGCCGUUGUUGUGGACGGACUUUAUGCGCUGAACAUUCAUCUGAUCAAAUGGCCUUGCCACAGUUUGGUAUUCACUCGAAUGUCCGAGUUUGUGCUGAUUGCUUUAACAAUGGCUCAAGAUUUAACAAGGAUGGUUUCCCAGCUACUCCCACUGAAGUUAACGUGGCUUCAGAUUCGAUCUCAAGAUUAGAUUUAAAUAGAGUUUCAGAUACCAAAACCAAUAUCAGUGCCGACAAUAAUUACUCUUCCGGCGUUUCAGAAUGCAAGUGUGGGAUGCCUUUGUGCAUUUGUGAAGCACCUGCUCCUAAGGAAGCUGUGUUACAACAGCCGCUAACAACUCCCUACAACCCACUUCACUCAUCAAAAGUGAAAAAGGCGGAGCCAUCUAAGAGUAAAGGUUCUACAUCAAACAGCAGGCAAAGUACACUUACCAAUCCCGGCCUAGCCGUCAACAGUUCCAUAAAAAUCUCAUCCAUUGAUUAUGAAGUUACUGGAGAGGGUUUAAGAGAAGCAAUAAAAAAUGGUGAUGUGGCUGCUGCUAAGAAGCUUUUGAGUCAGGGAGUGGAUGCAAAUUACUGUGACAAGCAAGGCUCCUCAUUAUUGCAUUUGGCUGCAGUUUUCAACCAAACUGAGAUAGUCUUUUCUCUAAUGGACAAUGGAGCAAGUUUGGAUUGCAAGAAUGCACAAGGUGAGACACCUCUUGAUUGCGCCCCUGCUAUGCUGCAGUACAAGAUCAAAGAGAAGAUGGGUGGAAAUGUGCAAUUCGAUUCCUAACAUGCUGUGCAUUGAUGUUUCUUCAUUAAACUGUAUACAUUCAGUAUGCUUCCAUCUGUAAUUAGUGGCUAUGUUACAACUAUACUGUCAAGAUUGAAUGUUGAAUCGUAUUACAAUUUAUGUUCUCGUCUUUUUGAUAUAGCUAGUUAGGUGGUGAGGUUUUCUGUAAGAUGCUGACUUUCAUGUGCCAAACAGAUAUGGUUCAGAGCUAAUGGCACCUUCAUUAUAAUAUCUAAA